AAGUACUUUUUAUCGGCCUCGUCGACUCUGGUUCUGGAGUUUGCUCACUGAAAACUCAACAGAGCAAAGCAAUUCCGCACUCUUCCAGAAUCUUCCUUAGCCAACUUUUCCUCUAAUCUUUUUGAUGGCAUGCAAGCACAGCCGUGAUCAAGCCAUGGAUUUCCAGGGCUUUUUAAAUGACUUGCAGGACUGGGAACUUUCGCUCAAGGACAAAGGCAAAAACAAGAAAAUGACAUCUCAGGCUUCUGGUAAAGAACAAUUGAAUAUCACUGAGAAAGGAAGGCCAACAGGGAAGAGGUCCCUGAAUAAUUCUUCGUCAACUACUAGUUCCGAGCAAUAUGAUUAUUUGAAGAAUUAUGAUAAACGGAGCAAUUUGUCAACUAGCUUUGUGACUGAAGAGAAUAUGCCUGAUGCUGCUUCUGAGAAAGAACUGGGAAAUGAAUAUUUUAAGCAGAAGAAAUUUAAAGAAGCUAUCGAUUGCUACUCAAGAAGCAUUGCCCUGUCUCCAACAGCUGUAGCUUAUGCUAAUAGGGCUAUGGCCUAUCUUAAGAUCAGAAAAUUUCAAGAGGCUGAGGAUGAUUGUUCAGAGGCCUUAAAUCUUGAUGAUCGCUACAUAAAAGCAUACUCCCGUCGAGCAACGGCUAGAAAAGAACUUGGGAAACUUAAAGAAUCCAUUGAAGAUGCUGAGUUUGGCCUGAGGUUAGAGCCUAAUAAUCAAGACAUGAAGAAACAGCAUGCAGAGUUUAAAGCAUUGUAUGAGAAAGAGAUUCUGCAGAAGGCAUCAGGGGUUAUAAAAAAGUCUAUGCAAGGAGCUCAGGAAGUAGGGAAGUCUGCGACAAUAGAUAAUGGACUUGGGAUGCAUACUAUGUCAGACAGUACACAAAGGAAAGGAAUUGCUGCAGUUCAAGGGUCUCAAACUAAGGUUUCUGAAUGUGACAAGCAGAAGAAACCUGAGAAGGGAUCUGUAACUUUGGAGGAAAUAGGAAAAAGAAAUACCAGUGCUGGAAAUACUGCAGAUGGUACUCAACUAGAUGCAGAGAUUGCUGGUCCAGAGAACAUUAAGAGAGAUACCAAAAGCAGAAAGCAAGAGCUGAAGGCUUCAGUGCAAGACCUCGCUUCUCGUGCAGCUAGUCGAGCCAUGGCUGAAGCUGCAAAAAGCAUCAGCCCCCCAAGUACAGCAUAUCAAUUUGAGGUUUCCUGGAGAGCCCUAUCUGGUGACCGUUCGCUACAGGCUCAUCUUUUGAAGGUUACAUCUCCAAGUGCUUUACCACAGAUCUUUAAAAACGCAAUGUCUGCUUCCAUGUUAGUUGACAUUGUUAAAUGUGUCGCUACAUUUUUCAGGGAAGAUGUGGAUUUGGCUAUUAAGUAUCUAGAAAAUUUAACCAAGGUUCCAAGAUUUGACAUGCUUAUUCUGUUUCUUUCACCUACAGACAAGGCUGAUCUUCUCAAGGUAUGGGAUGAAGUAUUUUGUAAUGAGGCAAGUGCCAUAGAGUGUGCAGAGAUCCUUGAUUACUUACGAUCCGUAUACGGCCUCAAGAAAUGAAGGAUAUGCAUUUGAAGAAAUGUUUUGAGAGCAGUGAAAGCUGGUCCCUUCUGUAAGUCAUUCAUUUUGAAAUGCUCACUGCAAAUUUCUUGGUAGUAGCUGCUAUGGGGCUUGGCCUUUGGGGUGGGGUUCAUAUGAAUUUCACCUUUUGCUAAAUCUCAUGAUUAAAGGAUGGAGAAAAAUCUAGGAAAAAGCAAAUUAUUAUGGAAAUGUUUGGCUUGGAUAUCUUGUCACAAUGUUCCAAAGACAUAAUCAAAGUCAUUUUCAUUUAA